AAUCACACCCUCGACGACUACCCUCAAACAAUCCCUCCCAAUUUCCCGGCAGAUUCUCUGUGUCCAUUUGACGGACGGCUGAGAACAAGCUUCAUUUAUCUACAUUUUAUCGUCGUUAUUGGUGCCCUUCGAGACAAAUAAGCAGUAGUCGAUGGAUUCGGUGGCAGGCACUUCUGGUCACCAGCAGGUCAUCUUCCAGAACGAGAACAUAACCGCAGCGGCAGAAAACCAAAACCAGGGCUCCUCGUCGGCGCCUGUGCAGGAGAAGCGUAGGCCCGGACGCCCAAAGGGUAGUGGGAAGAAGUACCCGGACGGCGCUCCUCCAAAGAUCAAGCGCCCUGUAGGACGGCCUCGUAAAGAUGGCUUUCCGGCGGGCUCUGUGAAUCCACCGCGACCGUCUCGCAAGCCUCCCCAGAACGAUCCUGCGGUACUGGCACUGAUUGCCAGCGGGAGUGCUUAUUUUCCUGGCCAGGAUGUAAAACGACCCAUGUUCCCAAAUCUUCAAGACCCUAACUUUGACGGCGAGGAUUGGAUGGAGCUUUCGCGCACCAAGCCCGGCGUCUUCAUCGACACUCUUAUUGGUUUUCUCGCAGAGCCGAACCCCGUCUCGCCUGCCGGUACCGUAGAGGAUGCCUUCAAGACUCACCUGGGUUCCCUUGUGUCUCCAAGGAACCAGAACCAGAGCUUGCCAUCCUUGUAUUCGCUACUGAGGACCUUCUGGCUCCCCACGUCCCCCACGUACUUUUGCUUGACUGGUGCUAAUGCCAGUCGUCCCCUGCUGGAAUUCAGGUUCUUGUACUGGGAUCCCCAGCCCCUCGUAUUCAACGGUAUAUCCUGCCCCAGCUGUUCGACUCCUCUCAUCAAUAAGGGACGUAUCACUUCCGGUCCAGUCAAGAUAUACGACUUGGAACGACCGUUCUUCAUCAUCGGGUGCGAGUACGUCUGUAGCAGUCCGUCUUGCAUCUCGGCUUGCCCCGAGGGCCGCAAAUUCGCCAGCACCGAUCCUGUCAUUUUUCGUUCUCUUCCCAAUACCCUGGCCGAAGAGUUCCCAGCUCGGCUGCGACAGUUCGAUCGUGAUCUGGGAAGCGGUCCCGAGGUGUGGAAUUGGCAAGCCGUAGGCGUUUCCAAGGCACUCUGGAAUAUGGUCCAGGGAUCUUUACGAUCCGGUGUCAGGAAAGAAGUUAUUCUACAGAUUAUCUCUUCCAUUCAGCAUAGCGUUCCGGAGCCAACAACUCUUGUAGCAGAAGAAGAAGAGGAAGAGGAGCCCCAAGAGCAAAACCAAAUGAUUGAGGACACUGUGCAGCACCCGCCGAUGGCACAGGGGGUGAGUGCCUUACCCUCGUUUUCAUGCCAAUCUUAGAGAUGAUGAUGGGACGCUAGACCCCUGCUGAAUAUGCUGAGGCUUGGAAAGCUCAUGCGGGGCACUCUGCUUCUGCAGAACCCGAUACGCCUUCAGUAGCAGGUUCAUCCGCAGGUCCAGGGCCAGCCUACAUGUAUCCUCAACCACAGCCUCAGCCACAGCCCCAAGGAGGACAUUUCUCCUCUGCUUUCCGCGUACCAUAUUUCGCACCCAGCGCGAAAGUAGGUCAAUCUUCAUCCUCCGCGGUUGCGAACUCUGUCACUACUACUGGCCCCAGUAAUCCGAACCCUAUAUCGCCGCCGCCGUUGGGGAAUGAACCGCCAAAUCCCCCGGCCAAGCGAGCGUAUCCUUUCUUGGACGAAGAGUCAGGUUCCGGUGAUAGCCCACGGAAACGGAACCCGAGACAUUGUUCAAAAUG